AUGGGGAAAAAAGGCCUCAUGAGACAGACACCUCUUCAGUGUCACAGCGACCGGGUCUUUUAUUGCACGGCAGGCGGUUUCGCCUGGCCCAAAGCGAAAGGACACAAAAAAGGAUCCUGCCCUUGUGUCUGCAACAAAGCUGGCAAAUAUUUAGGCAUUUCCAGCUCUUCUUCUCAACAGGAACCACCUUUAGGGCUCUGUAUGAAUUCAUUUGAGAGUGACUUUUUCAGCCACCCCUCCGUCAUUAGACACUCGUACGUCCACGCAGGAGAGGAGGCAUACACACCAGCUUAUGAAGAUAAUAGACGUGAAUGGAUUCUUCGCGAAGCCUUAAGGGAGAAAAAACACUCGGACGAAAAGCAGCACAAUGUCGCUUCUGCUGCUUCUGCAGAACGCAAGCUGUUAGUUAGCCUCGCAUGCCAACUGCUGGAUGUACGCCUUUUACUAUGA